GCCGAAACGGAAGUUGCCUAACAUAGCGUUUUAAGCUGAAUGUUGAAUUUGUAACCGAAAAUAUAUUGCUUUCUCCGAAAUUGAAUAGUUUUGUAACUAUAUGCCAAUGCUAUGCCAGCUAGUGCCUCAGAUAACAUAGUGGGGCUACAAGAGACAUUGAGGGCCAACUUGGCUGGGGAUGGUCUCGAUGAGAAUCUAGUUUCAUCUGCGAAAAAAGUUCUUCUGCAUCAGAUAGACUUUAAAUUAGCAGAGAAACCACACAGUCUACAGAUUGAUUCACUAAGGACCAAGUACAUUCCAUUGAAUCCCUCAAAAAGUUAUGGAGAAACGUCCAUAGCAGAAAAAACUGUUAAUGGUAACAUGAACACAUCUAAAAGUCUUGAAGCUGGAGAUGGGCUUCCUAGUCCUAAAGUUGUACUAUAUCCUCCUGAAAAUAUUCAGCUAGAAUGGAAAAAAGUCCACAAAAUUGGUGCUGGUCUUGUAAAUAUGGGAAAUACAUGUUUUCUCAACUCGUGUUUACAAUGUCUAACUUACACUCCACCAUUAGUUAAUUAUUGUUUAGCUCAGGAACAUGCAAACACAUGUAAACAGGCUGGCUUCUGUUUGAUGUGUGAAUUACAAAGACAUGUAAGAAGAAGUUAUGAAAAUGGGGGCCAUGCUAUCAAACCUCAGUCAAUUCUACAAAAACUAAAAAUGAUCGCCAAACAUAUGCACUGGGGAAGACAAGAAGAUGCACAUGAAUUUCUACGCUAUGUGAUAGAUGGAUUACAGAAGUCUUGUUUAAAUGGUUAUGCUAAAUUAGAUAAAUUUAGUAAGGAAACUACUGUUGUCAAUCAGAUAUUUGGUGGCUUUCUAAGAAGUCAAGUGCAAUGUAUGAAAUGCAAGGAGAGAUCCAACACAUAUGAUCCAUUUAUGGAUAUAAGUCUUGAUAUUAAGAAUGUUAAUAAUUUAGAGAAGGCUUUUGAGAAAUAUGUUCAACCAGAAACUCUAGAUAACGAGAAUGCUUAUAUGUGUCCAAGGUGUAAACAUAAAGUUCCAGCUCACAAGAGAUUCUCCAUUCAUAAAGCUCCUAAUGUUUUAACAGUACAGCUUAAGAGAUUUGAUUAUAAUCGUAUGAUGGGUAAAAUAAGUCGUCAUAUACAGUUUCCUGGUAAAUUAAACUUACGACCAUACAUGAGUAUAAGACAGGGUGAUGCUGUGAAUUAUCAACUAUAUGGUGUUCUAGUACAUUCUGGUUAUCAUUGUAAUUCUGGACAUUAUUAUUGUUUUGUUAAAUCAGCAAGUCAAGUGUGGUACUGUAUGAAUGAUUCUAUGGUUGAGCAAGUGGGAGCUGGUCGAGUGUUUAAUGCUGAAGCCUAUUUAUUGUUUUAUAUUAAAACUCAUUGUUAUAAACAAAACACACCAACAAAGUCAUCUUUUAUUGGUCCAUCAAAACCUGUCAUUAACCAAUUACAGAAAAACAAUUUUAAACAGACGUCUACACCUGCAGGUCAACCAACUAAUGAAGUGGGUGUAGCUGUUUCUAGAAAACCAUCCACAAUAACAACCUCUAAACCUCUAUUUUCACCUGAUAGACCUCUCUUCUCUCCAGAUAAAAUUAAAAAUUCCUUUUCUCCAUCUCCGUCUAUUUUACCUGAUAAACACGAUAAAGUCUCAUUUGGUAUCAAACCUCAAUAUCAUAAAGCUCAAGAUGAAACGGAGAAACCUAGAUUAGUCAUGCGUAUUAAAAACGGCAAAGUAUUCACAAGCGAAACUUCUCCAGAAAACAAAGUAAAGAUCUCUAAUGGCAGCAAAGUGGAGAAAUCUAAGCUUGUGCCAUAUGGAGAUGAUUCGGAUUCGGACAUCGACAACGGUUCAAAAAAUGGAUCUCAGAAAGAAUCUGUGAAUAAUUUGGCCGAGGUCGGCUUAAAAUACAGGGCGUCGACACUAUCAGACAAUGUUGUUAUGGACAGUAGUCUCAACACGACCACAUCAGUGCCUGGUAAUUCUAAGCUACUAGAAACUGUUAAUGCUAAGGAGAAGAGGGACAAUGGCAGCGACAAGUUUGACACUUCAACACCUAAAAAUAAAGACCUCUUUUUAAAGCUCAAUAAACCAAAUGGCAAGCAUCCCCCGAAAGAGAUGGAACUAUCUUGUAUAUCUUCACCAAAAGUGAAUGCAACUGAUGCCAACUGGCAGGUUCAAUUUCACGAUUCGGCGCCAAGUCCGUGUUCUAGCAGUAAUCAUAGCAGCACCAAUUCUACAUCAGAAUGGCAUGUCACAGGGAAUAAAAAUACAGCAAAACACGCAAAACCUGUCGAUCGUAACCACUACAAUUGGAAAGUAACUGACAUUCAGACCAAUUCAUUGGAAGAAAAAGCCGUCAAGAUUACUACAGACGAAAAUAUCAAGCUGAUAAAUGGAUCCGAGAAUUCAGUGUCGGAAUCGGUAAAGAAAAAAGAUGGCGACGUUAAUUGUAAUCCUCCGCAAAAGACAGUCAAUCAUGAUGAUCCAAUAGUGCUAAAUAAUCUGAAACAAAGUGAGAACAUAAGUUGUAAUAACAACACUUCUGAUUUAACCGAUAUAUCGUUUACAAAUGGCGUGUCAAACCCAGGAUUUCUCACAGAAUCAAUUUCAGAAAAAGGUUCCAAACCAGAAACAAGAAAAGAAAACUGCGACAAAUUUGAAAUGGGUGACCUGCUCUAUAACCGAAUGCGGGUUGAUAUUUCGGAGACACAACAUUUACUGUCGGAACCCAAUUCCCCCCAACAUUCUUUCCUCCAUAAAAAAUCUAAGAAACAUAAGAAGCAUAAGAAAGAGUACGAGGGCAAAUAUACAGAACUUAAAAACGAAAGUAGUAGCUCGCAAGACACUCCCGUUGCUAAACACAAGAAGAAAAAACAGAAACACAAAAAAUGUAAAGAAGAUAAAUAUGACUCAAGUGAAGAACGAAGGGCAAAGAAAGCCAAGAGAAAAUCAGUCGACAGGGAGGACGAGAAAGAAGGGAAGAAAAAACAUAAAGCUAACCAUGAUGAAGACAACGAAUAUGAAUGGGUUGAAAAAACGGUUGAUUGUAUAGCCAAUAAAAUGAAAGAUACUAAGAAAACAACAGAUAGCCAUUCUAAGCAGGUUGAAGCUGUACCGUGGGAUUACUAUGUUAAUGAUAAUCAUCGUAAACAUGAGAAAGAAGAAAUACCCAAGCCUAUUUUUUCAACGUGGGAUGGAAGGAAAUCUAAUUCGGUUGUACACGAGUUAGAGAAAUCUUCUAUGCAUGGUUAUGGAUCUUCCGUCUUAUCAUGGGAUGGUAGUAGGAGUAAGGUAGAUAUAGAUGUUGAUAAAGAUCGAUAUAAACGUCGAGAUAGAAAUGAUGAAUAUGAUGAAGAAUAUGAUAUAGGAAAGGUGAAGAAAGUAAAAACAAAACAUGAGGAACAACCACUUGGAUAUAAUCCUUUCCAAAAAACACAGGAUUAUAGAAAUAAAAAGCCAAAUGGAACAAGUUCACAUGAUUCUCACAGAAAACCAUGGAAGUCUCACAGUUUCCAUGGUAAAUCAUCGUAUAGCAGAAAUACUAAUGGUAACCAUAACAACCACUAUCGUAAUGACAAUGGUGGUUAUCGUGGUCAUGACAAACAUCACAGCAGGCAUUAAUAAAAGACACAAUUUUGCUGUUUGUGAAUAUGUUUAUUUAUAUAAUUGUACAGAAAUGGAUUAUGAUAUAUUAUUAUUAGAGGGAUUAUAGAUUAUUAAUCAUGUUUUUGUCUGUGAUUGUAAUAAAUAGACUGAAUUUAUGUUUGAUUUCUAGCUGAUUUAGCUCUAAUUUAAUAAAUAAGUACAUUUAUAUUAAGAAAUGUAUAUAAGCCAGUGUUAAGAUGUUCUUAUCAGCUUAUAGCCAUCCAUUCACUACUAUCUAUGUGAGUUCUAGCUGGCCAAUGACACAGAUAAGAGUUCUCGUUUCAGUGAUAUUUGCCAGACUGGAGAACUUGCCACCUAUCAGUUAAGUUACAUGAUCUAAAAUUACAAUGUCAAAGAAUUCAACCUUAAAACUUAAUAGAUAGUUAAAUUUAUAGUUUUUAUGUGUAUUUUUUAUAAUGCUAAAAAGUGAAAGCUUUGAUUCAGACCCCAGGUAAGAUAUCGGGGAUGGUCAUUUGUCCGUUUGUCAAUUGUCCCUGUUUGUGAGAUUGAUAGAAUUCUAUUUAACCGAUUAAGCAACCAACCUGGAAGUGAAACCAAAAAAGUGUCCCACAGUCAGUGCUAAACCUGAUUGAUUUAGGUCAAAAGUUAAUACUUAUCUUUAUAGUUUGCCUGCAGCACAUUAAAUUUAAAGACUACUGAAUGCAAAAUACACAAAUUGACCAUUAGCUGUACUCCUGAAUGUUUUUAGAUAAAAUGUGUUCAGAUAUCUGUUGUAUAUAACUGACAAUAUCAGUUUCUGUGUAGACAAUAAUCUGUCCUUAUCUUUCAGAAGGGAUAACAAGAUUAUGAUGAAACAAGCUUAUUUCUUUAGCACUUGGACAUUCUGAAACCUCCCUAUCUAGAGCUCCUUAGACCACCUCAAACCAUUUGACUUGCAUGAACAACUGUGGUUCCCCCAAGAACCAAUCCAAUAAAAGAGAGAGAGAGAAAUGUGAUUUAACAUCCACUCUACACAAACUAGGUCAUUUCGGGACUAACAUAUGUUUUAAUUAUAUUUCAACAAUUUGCUUGCGUAUACGGAUUUUUAGCAGUGGGAGGACCUGAGGAAAACCCACGAGGUUGAACAGGGGACCCUACUCCUUGUCACGUACAACCGGGGAUUCGAAACCACGCUAGUUGACUCAAUGACAGGCCUUAUGAUACAACGCGCUCGUGCUAACCAUUCGGCCAUCCCACCCCCCACCAAUCCAAUAAAAGGUCUUAAAAUUUGAUGCGAUCUAAGAAACAGUAGAUUUGGUCGGUUUCGAGCUGUUCAGAGAUAUAACUAUAUAUUGUCUUCAAGAAACUGGGGUAGUCAGUAUUUACAUGUACCGAGUGCUAUAUGGUGAAAUGAAUUCAUGAUUUAGGGUUCGUAAUUUGGUUUAAUCAUAUAGCACUUGGACCGGUAGAAACUACUACUCCCUCUUGUGCCACAAUUAACUAAGUCAAGUAAAUAACAGUGAAAUAUUUUAGGACCGUACAUUAGUUCUGUUCUUUGAUCAGGUGAUUCAGGGAGCUGUAGUUUGAGGCAGUUUUGAAAAUGAUCCACAAAACUCAUUGUAAAAAAAGAUCCUUUUUCCUAUUUUUUUUUCAAGGAACUGAAAUAGUCAUUAUUUACAGGUACUAGGUCCUAAAGGGUUAACCUGUUAUGAUUUGUACCAUCUAUUGGAUUAAGAAGUUAACAUUAAAAUGGUUCUAUUUCAAAAUGUAUACAUUAUACAAGUAGAAUUGAUCUAGUGUUUUCUGUUUUUCUGUAGCUUAAUUGCAAGUCUAGAAUGUCCUGUAUGACACAGAAUCAUGUUUUCAUAGUUUUGUCAGUCCCAUUGUUAUUAUAAAAACAUGGCGAUCAUUGCUGAGCUGUUGUAAUCGGUGAAAAUAUGCGUUUAUUCAACUGAUUGUAGAACGGUUAAUAUCCACGAUAUUGUAAACAAAUUCAAAAGCACAAACAGAUCUAUGCAUGGACAUGAGUAUGUGUUUAUAUUUUGUUACUGCUUUGCGUAAUUAUGUCAUUUUUGUGCCACCAUUCUUGAUACCCCUUUUGGAAUAAUUUGUAGAUUUAUUGUACAGUAUUUAAAUCAUUCUCUCCCACAUUUAAUAGAAAUAUACCACAUGUUAGUCUCACAAUAUAACCUACUUUGUAUUGUGUGGACUUAAACCCCAAUUAAGGAAUUAUAUUUUGUAUACAAUUUUUAUCCCAAUUGGAAAUUGGAUAGCAGCAUACAUUUGUAAACUGUCGCUGUAUAUGCAUGCAUGUGUAUCUAUGACAAAGCCUCUACAGAGUUUUUGUUCAUACCUUAGAUGUAGUUUUUAUCAUUCAGUACAAACCAGUGAGAGGCUUGGGAUGUUUCAGGCUCCAUGCGGAGUAUACUGCACAGGCCCUCUAAAUCAGAUAGCUUUUCAAUCUAACUGAAAAUGAAAAAAAUUAGUUAGGACCUCGAUGAUAAAUUUCUGUUAAACAUAGAUCAUUGCCUGGCUUGUAUAUAAAUGAUUUGAGAAUUACAAUUAUUUUUUAUAAACACAGUCAAUUAAAUAUGGCGUUUGAAAGUAAUGUGAUUGAUAGAAUAAAUAUAAUGGUUUUGUUUAAUUACAUUGAUCGAAUAUAUAUUCCCUGUUUCAUUUAUACUGGUAUCUUGGGGUUUUAUUUUUUUGUUGAUAAAUCUAUACUUUGAAAUCUAAACAAAAAUCCUUUUAUAAAUAUUUACAAUUUCCCUUCGGUAUCAAUCAUUACAAAAUGUAUACAAUUUCAAUCAUAUACGUAUGUCCUCACAGCCUGGCUGUGAUAUUGAUUAGCUGAAAAACUGUUAGAAAUUAGAAUAAAUACAGUUAAAUGUCUAGGACUUAUGAACUUGGGAUAAUGCUAAGAGAUAUCUCAUUCUUUGAUGAAAAAUAUCUUGCUAAUCCUAGGUAAACAAAAUAAGUGAAAAAUUGACCACCUGGCAAAAUUUGGAAGUGAAAGUCCUGGCAUACAUGUACAUACAUCAGUAAUUUGAACCUGACAAACCUAGAUUUCCACUUAUCAUUAAUUUUGUAUUUUGCCAUCAAUAAGCACAAUAUUUUGAUGGUCCUUUAUUAGUAAAUUCAUGUGUCUUUAUUCUAUUGCUUUUUUUUCCUAUAUAUUUACUAUUUUGCUUGCACACAAUCGUGCUAUUUGAAAUUGUGUUAAAGAAAUGAAAAUUAUGAAAAUUUGAUCAGAAAUUUAAACUAGAACAUAUAUAUUCCUUGACUUCUACUAUAUUAAUAAUGAAAAAUAAACCAUAUUUUUUGGCAUUUUAUUUUCUUUGGUUGACACUAUUGUAAUAAUGACGUGCCAUAAAACUCCAUUUCAUUUCAUUUCUAUUGUAAUAAAUGAAAUGAAAUGGGGGUUAAUGUCCUACUUUUCUGCACCAACCCAGACUAAAGAAGAGUUGCAAAAAUUGUUUUAACCAAUCACAGUAGAGAAAGCUAGACUUCAAAGAGGAGACUUGAUUUAUAAGAAUGUACUAGAUCCUCAUGUACUAGACAUCUAACAGCUGUUUGUUUAAAAGUUUCAUAGUGAGCACAUGCAAUUAAUGGAAAGUUUACCACAAUAUAUAUGUGCUUGAGCUUGUCACUUGUAGCAUCGGCAAUUCGGCACAAAGGCCUCAGUUCAUGCUGAACAAAUAAAUUGAAUACAGUUGAGGGUGAAAUACACUUUAGAAUGUUUUCAUGGAUGGCCAGUGAGAAAGAUUAUGCAGUAUAUAUUUAGAUAUCUACUUUCUCAUUCUAUUUUAAAACUUAAAUUGUUUUAUAUUUGUAUUUUGAAAUAACUUAUAUGUGUUCUAAAGCCAUUCUAUUUCAUAUAAAUGAAAUAAUAAAAGUUGUUAUGCUUUCUUUAAUUGUGUAACUAUGUAAAUUAUUGGUGAUAAUUAUGUUAUCAAUAUUGUAUGGUAGAAUUUGUCAUGUUAUUUUAUUAUUUUGUUAUUAUAUGUUAAGAUAGAACUGAAUAUGGUGUCUUUUUUCCUAUAUUUGCUUCAUAUUUGUACAUAAAAAAAUUAUUGUUAAAUUUUUGUGCGUGCAAGAAUUCAAGUAAAUGAGAAUACAAC